AUGGCACUGAGGGCUGCUGUACUCCGCCACAUUCGUGUGCCACUCCAAGCCGCUCCAAAAUAUCAGCCAUGGCGUGCCAUGUCAUCACACGGCGACGAUCAUCUCUCCAAAGAGGAGGUCAUCCAAAGAGUCCUCGCAGUCGUCAAAGAUUUCCCCAAAGUCGAUCCUUCCAAGGUGACUCCAGAAGUCCAUUUCCAGAAGGAUCUGGGUUUGGAUAGCUUGGACAAUGUGGAAAUUGUAAUGGCUCUAGAAGAGGAGUUCAAGCUAGAGAUCCCAGACAAGGAAGCUGAUAAAAUUGACUCAUGUAAUCUUGCUAUUGAGUAUAUUUCUAAUCAUCCCAUGGCUGGUUAA